UAGUCCGUGCAAAGGGCAAAGUUUCCCCUGUUGCGUGAGCAGAGCCUUCCUGCAGCAGCAGCAGAGAAAACACAUUCCUGCUGGACGACAGAGACAGAAACAUUAAAGCUCCUUUCACUCAGGCUCAGAGGAGAUGGCUGAGAGGAAAGCCGUCUUGUUCAACUUCUGGGGAGUUGCUGUCUCUUCCAGCCCUCGUGAUGUUUUCCGCAGGUUGGAGGAGUUGCAUCACCUGCCUGGUGGUUUUCUGUCCGCCGUGGCGUCCCGAAGGGACAGCGCCAUGAGCCGGGCGGAGAGAGGUGAGGUGACCCUGUCUCAGAUGAUCGCAGCCUUUGAGGCGGAGUGUGUGAAGGAGGCCCAGGUCAGGGGUGUGACUCUGCCGUCCGAUUGGUCAGUCAGAGGCCUGCUGGAGGAGCUCAGGGAGGCGAUGAUGGACGUCCAACCAGCCGUGCUGAAGGCAGCCGCCGGUCUGCGUCACCGUGGGUUACUGACGGCCGUGCUGGCCAAUCACUGGCUAGAUGACAGCGCGGCUGGAGACGGUCCAGCCCGCCUUCUGUCUCUGCUGGGCGGCCAUUUUGACCAGGUCCUCCAGUCCUGCCGCUCGGGUCACAGGGUCCCCGAGUCCUCCGCGUUCAGCUCUGCUCUGCGGCACCUGGGAGUGACAUCGCAGCAGGCUCUGUGGUUGGACGCAGAUGAGGAAGGUGUGAAGGCAGCAGAGGGAGCGGGGAUGAAGGCCGUCUUGGUGGAAAAUCUGGCCGACGCUCUGGACAAACUGGCCGACUUCACUGGAGUUCAGGGUACGUUGGAAGAGGUGAGCUGCAGUGGAUAUCUUCUGAAGAUCCCCACCCUGGAUCACCCUGCAGCAAUUUCCGCCAAUAUGAAGGAGGACAGUGAUAAUGAAGAACAAAAUAAUAAACACGUUAUACUCUCUCCAAAACUCGUUUUUAUUUAUAUACUCUAUAUCGUUUCCACACUUAAUGGGGAAAUCGCUGCAAAUACAAUUGCUUAUUCUAUUCUAUUGUGUGCGUGUGUGUGUGUGUGUCGUUUAGUUGGCACAUACACAGGAUAAGCAGCAGAGAUUUUA